AUGGCUGAUGUCUACACGCCACUGGUGGACGGAACCUAUCUGCUUCACCGUCCCUUUUACCUGCCAACCAAAGACGGUCCCGUCUGGGCAAUUGCCUUCACCACCAAUGGGGGCACUCUUCUCACAGCGGGCAUUUCGGUGGUUCUCACCUUGAUCUUCAUGUCUCUGUGGAACCUCAUAUGCUUCAUCGCCAUGUUGUUCCCUGGGACAGUUUCUCGGCGACGACACCUUGCUCUCGUAACGCUCUGGAACUCCAACGACUCUUGGUUCGCGUUCAAGGAGCUCGCAAGCUACGCCUUCCACUUUCACAAAUCAAAGCCUGAUUUUGCCUAUGGUCUCUUGUUGGCUGUCCUGGCUCUGAUGGUCUUCGGUGGCAGCAUGACUCUGGGCAUCAUCGGACCCUCCCUCAUACAAAUCGGCACUGUGGCGCCUGUGCGGCCGAGCUCAGUCUAUUACCCGCAUCUUGGUACCGACAACACUGCCGUUCUUUCAUACUACGGCGUUCUUGCUCCGGCAAACCUACGUGCACUGGGCAGCAUAGAAGCUUCCAAGGUAACGAAGAGAAAAGACGUGAACCUGCCUGACUCAAACCUGGACCCUAUCGGCAAAACAGAAAGCGGCGAAGACAUCUAUCAGUAUCUCUACGAUUAUACCCUCACUGGAGUUGAUUUUGGCCUCCAGCAAGGGUCUGCUCUUUCGUUGACGGUCAAUGGCUCAUGCACGACCGAGUACGGAUGGUUCGUGAACUCCACAGGUGCAGCAAGCAAUGAAGACUUAUAUAACCUAUGGAGGAUCUCCGGUCAAAACUUCUCGGUUCCAGUCAAUCAAGAUACCGUACAAGAUGCCCCCAAGGCGAGCUUCAUACCUCAUCCGGAGGCAGAACAACAGCACUUGGAGAGCGGCAACACGUCUUUUGCCAUUAUCGUUUGGGCGGCCAGGAGAGCCAGCAUCAAACAGGGGGAUGAUCCUUGGUACAAGACAGAGCGUCGCACCGCAAACUUUCCGGCGCCCUUUGACGCCCAGUUCUGGAUGAAGCGAGGACGACCAGCGCUCUCAUGCUGGCAAAAAGACACCUGGCGCUACGGCUCCCAGGAGGUCAAGACCGUGGACGAUCUCCCAAAUGUCAAGGGCAUCAAGGUGAAACCCGCUCUGCUCAAGCUGCUGGCGGAAGCUUUGAGAGCCCCAGUGCUCACACGGGUUGGCAAUGCCAGCGGUGACUCGGCACUCAAGUCUGCCAUCACCAGUUCCAGGGGCGUCAUCAAUGCAGAGACGUCGAAAAUUCGGUAUGAUUUAGAGCGCCUGGUUCUGGCGAGCUAUGUGUUUACUCGCAAUGUCCUUCUUGACACUACGAUGUUUUCGAGGCCAGAUGGACUGGACAACAUUAUGGAGGACGGGAAGGGACAGCCAGCCGAUGGCGCUGGUGACUUUGUCCUCUCAAGCCCCAACUUCCAAACAUUCUCAAUGGUCGGCCUGAUUGUUUUGUUCGUCAUGCUGGUUACUCUCCUCAUCGUGCAGGCAGCUUUGGACGCUAUUCUUUUGCGUCACACCGAUAAUAAGGAGAAGGAUAAAGUGAAAGGCAGGCUGAUGCUCUUCAAAGCAUUGCCGGCAGCUCAGCUCUUCCGCCGCAUCUACGAGCCUACAGGUGCAAAGCAGCAAGAUGUUCACUGGCCAUGUGCUUCGCAUUAUUCUUCGCACGAGGAUCAGACAAAGUUCGAGUGGGACAUUUGCGGAAAAGGGGACAUUCACUGCAACGGACAUAUUCAUCGCGGUAGCACAACAACCAAAAUCGAGACAACCGAAGACAAAAGAGAGACCAAAGAAACAGCCGACAGCCAUGGAUCGACGACAAAAAAGGAAGAAACGAGGGUGGAGGAGAGCCUAAUCGAGACUCCUUUGUAG